AUGGGAAAGAAGAAAUCGUUCAUUGACAAAAAGAAUAGCUCCACCUAUCACUUGCUGUAUCGUUCUCAGCGUGAUGUUGAAGACGGCGGUGAUGAAAGCGGAGUUAUCUUGUGGCCAAGUCCCAACAACAAUCGGGAAACCGAUCAAAAGGUCCUUCUUGGUGGCAAAACUGACGCGACCUUGGAAGACCCCACUCUUGAUUCUUGGAAGAACCAAUUGUCAUCGGCUGGGCUAGUCGAUGAUUAUGAUUAUGACAAGCAUAUGAAACCCAUUACCGGAACUGGAGACUUCUUUGGUUCUGACGGAAAACGAGCCAACGCCAAUGCGCGUUCGAUUCGGGAAGGUGGAGCUGGUGAGAUUGAGGACGGACUGACCAAUGAAGUAGAACGUCAACUUGACUCUAUCGCCUUGACAGCGGACUGCAUGGAUAAAGACAUUGCCGAAGCCUUGUUUGGAGACUUUGACGAAGCUGACUUUGAAGAAAUUAAUGACGACUUUAUGUUGGAUGCCGCCAAGGAACCAGAGACUCCGGAAGAAGUCCCUUUUGAUUUUGCUGCCCACGUACGAGAUCUUAUGGAGAAGGCAAAGAAGGAAUCUGGGGAUGAAAUGGCAAAAAAUCUUACCACAAUUCAUGAACAAGGAAGGAACGAUGAAGCCUUCUUUUCAUCCGCAAAGCAACUUGGUCGAGAUGACGACGAGGAGUCUGGUUACUUUGAUGGCGCCGAUUGGGAUGUUGAAGGAGCUCCUGGUGUUGUUGCCAAGCUUAAUGAAGCUGAAGAAAAUGCCCUCGUGGACAAAUUCAACGCAACUCUGUUGGAAUAUGAUUCUGAUGAUCUUGGUGAAGGUUACGACGAUGAAGGUGCCAUGGGAGAGCUUCCUUUGGAGGGUGAUGCGCUGGUAGAGGCGGCAUUGGAUGACUAUCUACUAGAGAAGAAUGACGAAGUUUUCAUGCAAGGUCCUCGUCACUACAUGGAAGGUGAGAAUGCUGGAGGCAGUGGAUUCUCGGCCCUGGUUGGAACUAAGAUGAUUCCAGUGAAGCAAUUGGAAAAGAUGGAGAACCUUCCCCGUGAUCAAAUCCAACCAAUUGAAGCGGUCCUUGGUGAUGCUGAUGAAAUUCUAGGCAAGGGUCGAGCUGCACCUCCUGCGGAAGAGAUCUUCAUCGACGGCAAGUCCUAUUUCUCUGAAAAGAUGAGGAACCCAUGGGAUUGCGAGUCCAUUCUGUCAACAUACUCCAACAUGGACAACAAUCCAGCUACUAUUGGUGCGACUGGAAGAAGGAAACGGGGGAAGAAUAAGAAUAAGAAUCAACAGAGAGAUGACUUUGCGGUUCCGGAAGAAGAUCCCGUGGAACAGAUUAUGCUGUCUGAAAAGACUGGACUUCCCCUAGGAGUAUUGACAAAUCCUGUGUCAGAACUUGAAGAUGAUACUUACAUUAGUGUAAAUAAGGGCGAGGCACGAAGGAAAGGUGAAUCGAAGGAUGAAAAGAAGCUUCGAAAGCAAAACGUCAAGAAGGAACGACAGCUGGCUAGAAUGCAAAAGAAAAUGAUGAAAGAAGCUUUCAAUGAAGAAUUCGAAAGAAGGACGAACGAGAUCAUGUCUGAUGAUGUCGGUGGGAAGACUGUAUUUAGAUUUUAA